AUGGACCAAGUGAAGCACAUUUGGCUGGUGCUUUCGGGCAAAGGGGGCGUGGGAAAGUCGUCUACAACUACGCAACUAGCACUCACACUUGUAGAAAAAGGAUAUAAAGUGGGAGUUUUGGACAUUGACCUUACGGGGCCGUCCUUGCCGCGCAUGUUUGGUGUUGAAGACAAGAAAGUUCAUCAAUCUAGUGCCGGCUGGGUCCCCGUUUACACAGACAGUACGCAAAAGCUGGGCCUUAUGAGUCUUGGAUUUCUAUUGUCAGAUCGCGGAAACAGCGUGGUGUGGCGGGGGCCGAAAAAGACGGCCAUGAUCCGCCAAUUCAUGAAUGACGUCGUUUGGCAGGAUCUGGACUAUUUGAUCAUCGAUACGCCGCCAGGAACAUCAGAUGAGCAUAUCACGAUUGCAGAGGUACUGAAGGAUAUCAAAACUGACGGAGCAAUCUUGGUGACCACCCCACAGGAAGUUGCAGCAGCUGAUGUGCGUAAAGAGCUGAACUUUUGCCGGAAAGUCAACUUCAAAGUCCUCGGAGUAGUGGAGAAUAUGAGUGGCUACGUUUGCCCCCACUGCUCGGAGUGCACGAAUAUUUUCUCCAAAGGCGGUGGGGAGGCAUUGGCUCGGCAGUUCGAUGUGCCGUUUUUGGGAAAGGUUCCCCUCGAUCCUCGGUUUAUCGAACUGAUCGAAAAACAAAACAUUCUGGAGGGGUACAAAACAAGCGACCUGGCAAAAGUUUACGAAGGCAUUGUAGAUAAAAUCUUGAUAGAAUAA